AAGUGUGUUAUCUUCUAGCGCACUCUUCAUGUUGAAAUUUUUUAUUACAGUAUAUUAAAAUUUUACAUUGCUUAUUUGCUUUCGUAGUUUCAUUGCUUUCAUGAGGUUUAUUUGAUGUCUGAGGAAGAAAGCUGAAAGAAACCUGAAUGAUGAUCGGAAUUUUAUUUUGAUCCAGUAAGAUAGAUACGUUAUUUGUUUUGAAUGUUUUAUAUAAAUAUAAUAGGUUUAUAGCCUUAUAAGUGUGAAUAAACAAUUAAAAAAUAUAAAAAAUAUGAGGAUUUCUGCAGCUCUUCAAAGCAUAUAACCAAAGAAUUGCCCCAAAUCAGUUUUUAUGUUAAAUUGUUGAUAUGCUUGUGUAUUUUAAAUAGAUUAGUAUCAAUUCACAUAGAGAUAGAUGUUUAUAUAAACGAAGUGGCUAUUCGAACUGAAGUUAUAUAUAUAUUUUACACAACCCCCUGCCACCCUUACACCCCCUGCCACCACAGAUGGCCCAGGCUGUCUUUAUAUUGCCUUUUAAUUGAAUUAUAACACUAAAUUACACUAAUAUGUCAUAUAAUAAUAAUACUCCUAUAGUCGAACAUAUAAUAACAACAUAUAAGUUGAUUUGUAUUUCAUUGAACCCGGCCUAUAUUGUAUGUCAUGUAAUAUUACCCACUAUCAAUAACGCAAAGGUUAAGGUAGCUGUGAUGCCGGGCAAACUUGGGCAAGACCUAAAUUUUAACAAAACUCGCUGAUAAAAUAUUGCCAAACGCUUCUAAAGCCACGGUUAUAUAUAUAUAUUUAUGUUUAUUCAAUCUUUCGAACUUAUAAAAUCCUUUCUCUUGCUUUUCCAUGAAGAAUUAGAACAACUUAAGUACUAUUAAAGUACUUUCUCCGAACUUGUGAGUCGAUCUGCUCUGAAACCAAACUGUUAAAAUUUGAAUUUUUCGAACUCGUAACCGCGCCACUUGUUAAAAUAUUUCUCCUCAACCUAUUAACGUGCAAUUAAUAAAUUAGGAGUGUCGAGGAGAAAUGUUUUAACGAGAGGCGCGGUUACAAAGUUCGAUAAAUUCAAAUUUUAAUGGUUUGGUUCUAGAGCAGAUCGACUCACAAGUUCUGAGAAAGUACUUUAAUAGUACGGUACUUAAGUUGUUUUCAUUCUUCAUGGAAAAGCGAGGGAAAGGAUUUUACACAUUGGAAAGAUUGAAUAAACAUAAAUAUAUAUAGCCGCAGCUUUAGAAGCAUUUGGCAAUAUUUUAUCGGCGAGUUUUGUUGAACUUUAGGUCUUGCCCAAGUUCGCCCGGUGUCACAGCUACCUACCUAAAGUUGCAUUAUUGAUAGUGAGUAAUAUUAGAUGAGAUACAAUAUUGGCCGGGUUCAACGAAAUGGCCUGAAAAUCAACAAAAGUGAAGUAAAUGACACAGUAAACAAGUAAGCCCACCAAUAUUUUGAAUCAGUGCGUAUUUAGGCGUUAUAUUUUUACAAUAUUUUACAAUAUAUAAAGUGUGUAUUAUAUCGCAUUCAUAUGUGUUUUUAUGUCAUUAUAUCAAACUAAAACCACCCCCAAAUCACACAGAAUACAUAAAGGAAACUAAGUAAGUGUUAUACUUUAUAAUUUAAAGUAAAUAUUUAAUGCAAAAAUAAAUAAAUACCCACACAGAGCCUGGGCCACCUGUGCUGCCACUCUACCAAAGAUGUCAGCCUUAAUAGCAGUCCAUAAUUUUUGAGGUAAUUUACAUCAUUUCAAAUUCUACGUACAUUAAAGUGCACCUAGGCCUAACCUCAAUUCUUCUAACAUCUUAUUCCUAAGAACCUUUGAAAUGAUAUUGAUUUUAACUUAUGCACUUGUCAAUUGAAACCCCGGCCCCCGGGAUAGGGCGGGGAAAUUGGCUGAUCGCAUUAUUAAUCCACACCCCCCUAUUGAGGACAUCCAUUUUUUGGUCCCCCCUCCCCUGGAAUUUCCACAUAUUUUAAGCGAAUUUUUAGCCUCCCCUGUGGAAUUUCCGCAGAUUUGUAUUGAAUUUUAGCCAUGCCCAUGGAAUUUCCGCAAUUUUUUUAUGAACUUUUAACCCAUCCCAUGGAAAUUCCUUGACAGUUUUUGAUCUAGCCAGUGGAAAUUCCGUAUUGAUUCUUUGAUUAGUAGCUAUCCCUUGGAAAAUUCCUUGCUGAUUUUUAUCCUAUCCUUUGGAAUUUCUUUUCCAUUGUUGACCCUCCCAUGGAAAUUCCAUAUGUUUUACUCAUUUUUCUUACCUACCCUUUGCAAUUUCCGCAGAUUUGCUUUAAAAUUUGGACCCUCCCAUGGAAAUUCCUUCAUUUUUGGUUCACUUUUGCAGGGGGGCAUUGGAAAUUCCACAUGUCCUCAAUAGGGGGGGGGGUGCGGAUUAAUAAUGCGAUCAGCCAUUAACAUUUUGAUAAUGUAAAGUUUGGUAAUUUCCCCGCUACCGGGGGAAUAUUGACUGUUAAAGUUACCGCCCCUAUGGCCCCAGUACUUUGCAAAUUUUCAUGACUUUGGAAAUGGGAAAUUGUUGAAGUAUAAAAUGUUCACAACAUGUGAAAGCAAUUCUUGACUUAAACUUUGAUCAGCAUCAAAAGAUACUGAAUAAUCUAUGUUUCGAGUAUCUUGCAGUCAUAAUCAGGAAUAUAUAAAAAGUGAAAAUAUAUUCCCUUUUUUUUAAGAAAAACUAUGAGGAAACAAUUCUCUGAUUUCGAAGAUUCCGCCAUGUUGCUACGAGGAUAAACUCGUUCCAGUCCACUUUCAUAUCAGCCGCGCGUUAAAGUCCCGGCUAUUGUCCCGGCUAAUAAGUUGACUUGUUAUUUACCCUGUACCCCGGGGGAAAUGGUGCAUUAAAGCCACGUUAAUCCACGGCUAUUCCCCCAUUAAUUCCUCGCCCUGUCCCGGGGGUCGGGGUUUCAAUUGACUAGUGCAUUAUUUUGAAGAUUUUCGUUUGCACACUUUGUCUCUGAGUUAUUUCAGUUUUAUUGAUAUAUGCAAAUGUCCGGAAUUUACGUCACAUAUGAAUAAUGACUGAUCAAAGAAUGUAAGGUACAGUUAAGUAUCAUGAAAUAAAAAGGCUAAAUGGUGUUUUACAUAACAUAGGUAUCUAAUCCUCCCACAACUCCAAACUUCAUUUUAAUGAAUUAAACUCGCUAGUGAAUACGAUAUACGUGCUUUUACUUUAAAUCAUUAUGCAUUUGUGACGUUUAAAUUCCAGAUAUUUGCAUACCAAACAAAAUGAAAUAUCUCACAAAUCUUCAAAAUGAGUUGUUAUAUUAUUUCGGAAAUUCUUAAGAAUGAAAUGAUAAAAAGAAUUGAGGUUAGGUGCAUCCGUGCAUGCACUUUAAUUGUUAGCCCGCAGCCACAGGCAAACCUUUAUCAUAAUAACUAUUAAUAAUAGUUCAGUUUAUUGGCCUUUUGAAACUUGUAUACCUUUUUUAUCCACCCAUAUACACACAGUAUAUAUACAGAAAACAAUGUAAUUCAUGACAUGCAAUUAUUUUUUAGGAGUGAAGUGACAGAUGAAUUUUGCAAGAAGAUUGACUAGCAAGGUGAACUGGUACGUUGCUGAAAACUAAGUUAGUCAGGGAGGACGUAUAGAGGAACAAAAAUGAAUGUUCAUACUGUACAUACCUCAUGAGGGGAGUUUAUGUUACCACAAAAUAUGUAGUACUUAUAGUAGUUUUAAUACUUUGUGGCAGGAUUUCGUGGACUAGUUCUUCAAAGCGAGAUUGGGGUUAACUUGCAUGGGUUAAAAUUUAACCAGCUGUUUAACUAACCAUGUUUUUUUGCAACUAAUUUUUCUUCUCAAUGAUGUAAAACUCUCUCUAGCCCUAGGGCUCUAUCUCCUUGACUGUAAAUUAACUUAUUUUAGUAAAAAUAUCAUUCAAAGCCUUAAUGAGGUCACAAUGCAGGUUUGCGUAGUAGUUUACUAUAAAUCUUUAGUCAGGGGCAUCGCUAGGGGUCAGACAAAAUUGUUUUCGUAGUUGGCAAAAUUUAAGUUGGAUAGGAAAGAGAAAAACUAAUAUUUGUAGCAAAACAUUUUGGAAAAUUUACGAAGAAAUAAAGGAUAAUUACCGAAUGACGGUCGGUAAAGGAGAAAGGAGAAGAAAGGAUGUCUGCAAAAAAUGUUCGUCUCCCCUUCUCCCCCCCCCCUGGCUAGCGACGCCCCUGACUUUUAGUUCUUGUAUGGGUGGUCCUCCAUACAGAAACAAAGGAUUUGGAAAUAACUGUAGUUCACUGCAUGCACUACUGUACUUUGUGGGAAAAAACCCUCGAAAAACUCGCAUAUAUAUGAAAGAAAAAUCGUUUUUCAUGAGGUUUUAAAUCGCGGUUCUUACAUUUGGUGUUUGCUAAAAAUAAGAAGUAUUUGUGUGAUAGGCAAAGUUUUUUCUACCAAAGUUGCAAACCUAUAAUUACGCUGGAGUUAGUACUAACUCAUGCACAGUGCAUUGUUUUUAUUUUUUAGGUUUGAUAGGAUUUCUCUCAGAUUUCCAUGUAGUGGCAAUGCACAGUUGAAGAUAUUUUAUCCAUACCACGGUAUUCUCUAUAUUUCUUUGGUGGCAUGGUUUCCCAAGAUAAACAAUGUACUCUUAAUAAUUGUCGUAAGACAACUUUAUCGACGUCACAUCAGACCUAGAAAAUAUAUUUCUCUUCCUGGCAGCAAAAUCCAAAUAUAAAAUUCCUGUGUAAGCCAAAUAUAAAACCAGGCAACUUCCUGCAUAUAUAUAUAUAUAUGUAGAUUUCAGAGAAUUUAUGGUGCCGCACAUUGUGGUCAACUUCAAUCUCGGCACAAGACAAUCUCGACUUGCAAAAUGCUUUUGGAAUUUUUAAACAAUAAGUAAUUUAUAUUGGCAUUCCAGUAUAUAAGAUGACAAAAAUUUCCUGCAAGAUAAAACAUUCCUGCGAAGAUAUUUUGUUGAUUUCCUGACAGCGGUGCUGCUGGCGCCACUGGCUGGCGCUGCCGGACAUUUUCCAGCAAUGUGUCCAUCAUUAACCAUUGUCAUUCUCCUUUAAGAGAAAACAAAUUGGAAUUAUGAUCAGAAGCUAUCAGAACUACCAACACACACCUCUACCCUCUAUUAUCCACUUUACGUGUUCAACUCGGUCUAAAUUUUAGGGUAGUACAACAUUCUUCAUUUGCGCACUAUAAUUUGUGGUCGUCAUAAGUGGUGAUAGCAUCACAUGUAAUUGUCACAGUCGUAUCUCGUAAAGUAGAAAUAUUAUUGAAACCAUCCUGGUACUUCGCAUUGUUCGGUUGAUAACACGUAGAUCUACUGUAAAUGCACAUCCACGUAGUGAAGGAAUGAUCUCUUUCUGUUCUUAGCAAAAUGUCAUUCAACUGAAACCCGACGAAGAGGACCGCCAAUGGUAUUAUUGUACAUAUGUUAUAUAUAUAUAUAUAUAUAUAUAUAUAUAUAUAUAUAUAUAUAUAUAUAUAUAUAUAUAUAUAUAUAUAUAUAUAUAUAUAUAUAUAUAUAUAUAUAUAUAUAUAUAUAUAUAUAUAUAUAUAUAUAUAUAUAUGGUAUAUAUAUAUGGUAUAACCUAUAAUGCAUGUAUAAAGAGAGGUCAACGCAACAACUCGUCCAUGAUGCUAAUUUUACUUCGUACCAAUGUAAAUUUCCUCACUGUAGGUUACUGAUGAAGUUCCAGUAGAUACAACAAAGUAUUCGGAUGUUUUAAUCAAGCUUAAUGGCUACGACCCUGCUGUCUUGACAUCUUUCUAUCACUAUGUUGAUCAAGCAGCAAGAAGUAUGAAAUUUGAUGUAACAAAGAAGUAGGUUGUCACAUUAUCGCUAUGUGAUACUUGUUUUAUGCUGAAUCAUGUGCGAUGCGAAAGUAUAUAUAACAAAGCCAAAGAUCAAUUUCACAGUAAAUUGUGUCAUUUAUUUCUUUGAACUAAGGCCAAGAGAAAAUGAUAUGGCAGCGAUUGCAUAGAUGGAUUUUGCUUUGAUUUUGUGGUGCCGAAAAUUCAGGGGGAGGAGGUGAGCGUGUGGGGGGGGGGGCACGUAGCGCCACUGAGCAAGCUGUAGCAGGUGUCUGGACUCAGGGGGCACAGUUGCUAGUGGGGAGUGGGGGUAAGGAGUCGAAGCACCCAGGAAAUUUUAAAAUAUUUGGUCUUAUUUAGUUCAAAAUCCUUAUUUCAAUCAUACUAAUGCAGUCCUUUAAUCCAACGAGCAUUUAUUGUUUUUGCGAGCAUUUAUUGUUUUUGGCCGAGGGUUGCAAAAUUCUCUAGGUGGGUGAGAAGACGUUCUGAGGGGAUGCAAAAUAUUUUUGGCGAGUGCGCACGCCGCUGCACCCCCAGAAAAUCCGUCUAUGAGCGAUUGUAUUCGUCAAAGUACAUGAAUAUUAUAUAUAUAGCAUUUAUUCUAGCUAUAUUGAGGAUCCCCAGAUCGCACUUCUCAGCUAUUCGAAAACCAUUAUACCGGAAACGUUUCCAACACUCUGAUUCGACGCGCAAGAAGGAAAACCAACAGCCCUGCAUAUUUUCAAAACAUGCAGUCACCGUACCUAAUGCUGUAAUUUGUACUUGCUCAGAUUUAAUUUGGCCACAGAAGCGUUCAGCGUUACCUUGGCUAACCCACCACAUUUCUUCCGAGAGAAGAACAUGCAGUAUAAUUUCAAGAACCAUGGAAGGAUGAUUCAGGUUUGUAUUUUCCUGGGAAUAUUAUUUUGUUUAAAUCACAGUGAUUAUUGUUCACUUCUGAAUAUAAGGCCCCCAUGGAAUAUCCGUCUACAUAUAAGGUAAACAUAUACUAUUCUAUCGUUGCAAAAAUAAGGCCAUCCGAAAAGAUGAGCAUGCAGGAUUUAUUACAUGAACAAAAAGAUUUAACAUGGCACUUUCCUUAAAGUGCCCCUGACACAAAAAAAUUUUUUCAGUCUAUUGAAAGUACUCAUUUAGUAUAGUGCUCUAGCGAAAGAAUUUUUCGAUUUCAUCAAAACGAAAAAAUUUUAGAGCCGUUUGAACACGCAAAAUUUGGGCUUUUGGUUGGCAGGCGUCCGUGUUCGAAGGAAAAAUAGAACGAGCGAUUUUUGUUACGUCACGCAAGUGAGUCGGCGUAUAUUCUUUUAUUCGACUAUACAAGUAGAUUUGUGAUCGAAAAAGAUAUGCCUUUUUACUGUGUUGCAGCUAACUGUACCAAUAAAGUAUGUUUAAAAGAUGGAAUAAGUCUACACAAUAUUCCAUACUUCAAUGACGCACACGCGGAAGCUAAAAGAAGAACUAGUAUGGGUUGAUUUUGUAUGCGCAAAGGGUUUGUUUGUGCCGUCAAAGACUUCGACUAUAUGCUCGGAUCAUUGUAGAACAGAGUAUUACGAGAGGCAUUUUUUUUCGUUGCCGGGGCUCGGCAAGCCUAACUAUCUGAAGCUAAUAAAGGCUGACGAUGAUUUGCUUUGUUUUGAUGAUUCAAUUUGCAAUUGUAUUUUGGUUUUGCGGGCCAGCUAAAAAUAUAAAUAUUUUGUAAUACCGAAAUAAAAGAUGGAAAUCUGAAGACACAAGCUUGAAAAUAUCACUCUAAAUAGUGUUUUGGAUUCCGGUUCGAAUAAGACUAUUGCGAAAAAGAUAUGUCCAAAGGGGCCGAAGUUAUGGUCGGCUAAAGGUAUGGCUACUUUAAUACAUUGUUCGAGACUAAUUGAGUAAUAUAAUGAAUUAUGACACCGCUUGACCUCUCAAAGGUCAUAAAUAGCUAUUUGACUACAAUUUGACUAAAACUAUAUUUGACUAAAACUAUCAUUGGAAAUAAGGAGAUUUUGUUUCACUCAAUCGAAUGGUAGUAAUUUUGUCUUUAUAGCAUGCACCGAACCGGAGAUAUGAACCUUGCAAAGUCAUAGAACGACACGUUAGUAGGAAGCUUAUUAAAAAUGCGCCAAAUCUGAGACAUGGCGCGACUAAAAAACAAUCGCUAACUGAUAAAUGGGAGACUAGUUUUACUUUGUGUUUCUCGUAUCCCUGACUUUGUUUACCAACAACAGUUUUUAUCCGUGAAGUGAAACCGUGAUAAUAGCGGCAGUUUUUCGUCACGUCCGCGUCGCAGAUUUGGUAAUAUUAAUGAUACCACUAGAGACCUGACGAGAUGCAGCUACAGAUCAGCAUGACAGCAUCUUCCAAUACAACAUAUUAACCAGGUAUAAAAUUCGCUCCAGAAUCAUCGGACUGAUUCUGUUGACAUAAUACUUUAUAAAACUUAGAAUAUAAAAAGUUAAACACUUCAGCGAACAAAACAUUCGAGCUGAUUAAAACAGAUAACUUAACAGACCAGCCUCGUCCCCGGCGCUUUGAUGUUUGCGUGACGCGCGCGCGGGAGGACACGCGUGGGGGGAAAGGAAAAAUUCGGAGCGAAGCGCCUGGGAGAAAGACCAUCAAGACUCGACUCCCUUGCGUGACGUCAGAAUAAAUGCUAGUGCCAGACUUCUGUCGCCGACGGCCAUUAGCCAAAAAUAUUUGGAUUCAAACGGCUCUAAAAUUUUUUCGUUUUCUCCAUGAAUCGCAUUUACUCAAAAUAGUAUUUUUUAAUCGUUACCUCGGAUUUAAUAAAUGACCCACCGUUGGAAAGCCGAAUGACAACGUGUUGUUAUAAAAAUGAAUCUGUACAAUCAUGAACCUUUAACAUCGUUCUUUUCGAAAUAUUACAUUUGAAUCGAGGACUCGUUUUUUUAUAUACUUUGUAUGAUAUGCUAUAAUAUUCAUAACCUUCAUAACGGUCUUACUCUAUAUACAUCAUGUGAUGUGUGCACGCCCAGUUGUGAUUUUAAAUAGCCUAUAGUCAUAAGAAAGUCAUAAUUGUAUACUUUAGAUCGAAUCUAUUCCGUCUGAAAUGGCCGAUAUAUUUCUUCAAUGUGUUCAGAAGAACAUCCCUCCUGGUGUUUCAGUACAAUUUGAAUUGGUGAGUUUUCUCGUAACUUCCAAUAACCCGUUGCACUUACAUGAUUGGACAGGCACUCAACUAUAUGUGCAUUUCGUCGUGUAAUCCUGCAACAAAAAGGGUGCGAGACUGGACUAUGACAGGACAUGCAUGUUACACCUUGCAAUUUUACCUGCAUCCUAAUGUGUGGUAACAAAAGAAACAAAAACAUGGAACAUUCUUGUUUUCUUUACAGAAAAAAUGGCAGGAUUUUGUUUCACCGCCAAGUCAAAGAUCUGGUGAGGCAGUGUACUAGUUUACUGCAAGGGAAACACAAGUUAAAGGUUGGAUAUCUUUUGGCCACAAAAACUUGGUGCAGAUCAAUGAGCUCUUUAGUAGACUUCUAUAAUGUGGGCCUCAAAAAAGAAAAGUACUUUGCGAAAGUCUAUUUGCUCUUAUAUACAUGGAAUAAUUUUAUAUCUUCAAUCAUUCGACCUAUGCAUGAGAAAAGUGAAGGUAGCGGAAAUUGACGUCCAUGCAGUGCCUAUGAAGGUCGUAUUCCUAGUUAAAUCCAGUUUUCCUCGCGAAUCGUAUCGCUAGGUACUGACUGCCUUGAGUGGUUAGCCAUAAGAGCUAAAUGUCAGGCAGCCAAAAUAUGUCAGGCAGCCAGUUAAUCAAGUUAUCAGUUCAUUUAGGGGCUGAUUACAUGGACCGGACCAGCCCGGUUAACCGGGCUGAAAAAUGUCACGAAAGUCUUCCUUGGGCCGCAAAAUGAGUUUUGAAUCAUGUUUAGGAUGAUUUUGCAUCUAUACUAAACCAAUUAUUUAUCGCAAAUUUAUUUUACACGAGUUUUAAAACCACAUUAAGGUCCUAAACAAACGAGUCAGUCCGGUUAACCGGGCCAGCCCGGCAUCAUGUAAUCAGUCCCUAACUCUUUAAAUCGAAGUUAAAACUCUAAAUAUAGCUUGUACUCCUUGUAGCCGUGUGGUAACCGCGCAGACAAAUACUACUCUAAGAGACGGGCAAAGAGACGGGCAGAGAGACGGGCAAAGAGACGGGCAGAGAGACGGGCAAAGAGACGGGCAAAGAGACGGGCAAAGAGACGGGCAAAGAGACGGGCAAAGAGACGGGCAAAGAGACGGGCACUGCAUGGACGUCAAUUUCCGCCAUAUUUAGCUUCACUUUUUGCAUUCGAUUUUUGCUCCAGAUAAACAUAGAGAUCACUGGUGCAGGCAAGCAAGUUUGCUUAACCAGGAGUGAAGUACUGCAUGCUAAACUCAACUAUAUAAAUUGCUUAAUCUUAUAUUAAUAUGUUUUGAGUUGGGUUUUAAAGUGUUGGAUCAGAGGAUACUUUUAUUAGUUAAUAUAAUAUAUUAUAAUAUAGCAUUUGUAAAUUCUGAACGCUGAUUGGCUAAGAGCCGUGUUGAUAUAACUCCAUGUCAACACGGGAAAUUUUCCGCCGCUUGUAAACACGGAAAUUUUUCUUAUUCUUCGGGCUUUUGACAUUGCUAUAUUAUAAAACAAAUAUAAAACAUUUUUUCCGUAUUGAUAUAUAGUUAUAUCAACACUCGUGGAAGUUGGGAAAACUCGAAAUCACUGUGUGUGAAAACACUCCGCCCUUCGGGCGUCGUGUUUCCACACAAUUUCUCGUUUUCCCAAUUUCCACUCGUGUUGAUAUAACUGUAUAUCAACACGGAAAAUGUUUUAUAUUUGUUAAUUAUACACGAAAUGUGGCCUGCUUAGGGACGGACCAUUGGAUUUUUGAUGGGGGAGGGGCGCAAAUCCGAAAAAAAUAUCGAGCACGGCAAGUUUGUAAAACCAAUAUAUUACAAAAAUUCUGAAAAAAAUAUCGUGCGGAGCCGAUGAGGCCUGAAAAAAAUCGAGGCGCCUUUCCCCCCCCAUCAAAAAUUAAAUAGUCCGUCCCUUAGCCUAACCUUGUUGGAGCGGAAAAGAGGAAUAACUUUCCUGACUAAACGCCGUUCAGUUUUUGAACGUACGUUGAAGUUCAUUGAUUAAAGCCAAGACUUUAUUGACAUGCUUAUAGGGUUUUAAAUUUUUAUUGGUCAAUUUUAACAAGCCUUUAUGAGGCCGGACGUUUAUGCUUUCAGGCCUUCUUUCCCCGCUCAGCUUAUCUGCACGAAAUGUUGUCACUGAUAUUUAUGGUAAUGAUUUAUCGCAAAUAGUCAUUCGGUCUAGUCCUCAGUUUCCUUCUCAGCCGUUUCUAACAUGAUUUUAAGUAUUAUAACUUAUAAUUCACGAUUAUUUUUAGUCGUACCUGACUGGUACGCCAUGCAAUGAUUAUUGCUGCGUACUUGAGCUGCAUGG